GCAAUAGUCUGUGUUGAUGUUUUCUGACCAAAAAACAGACAUCUCUGGGGCUUAACCGCCCCAUAUACUCCGCAGUCUAAACCCGCCCAAAAUCUUGAACUUGCAAACUUCAAUUCGUCAAUUUUAAUGAGAAACAGAUCACCCAAGUAAAACGAAAUGCCAAAGCGCGAUAUAUCUGAUUCCGAGUCUGAAGAUGCAAACGAGAAUUCAAGCUCAGAGGAGGCUGAAGCUGCUACCCAUGGCCAUCCUUUAUGCGUCUCGGAGUACGAGAAACAGAGGCUCUGUAGAAUUGCGGAGAACAGAGCAAGGUUGAAGGCUCUAGGGUUGCCCAAAAUGGCUUCCUCUUUGAAGUGCCGAGGUCACAAUGUUACCGAUGAGAAAGGGAAAAAGAAGGUUGGGGACGAUGAAGAAUACGUGCCUGAUGAUGCAGAAGCGAGAUUAAGUUCUUCGAGCGGAGAGGAUGGGCAUGAUGAUGAUGAUGACGAUGAUGAGGAUUUUGUCGGUGAAAAAGCUUCCCGGUCAAGGAAAAGAAAGGUGAAGAAAAACAGUUCAAAAGCAAAAGCUAGACUUUCUAAGAAGGACCCUUGCAAUAAGUCACAUGACAUUGAUGAUGAUGAUGAAGCUUUGAAGCAGGCAAUCGCUCUUUCACUGCAAGAAUCCGUUGAAGGCUCAUGUUUAACUGACAAGCAUGUAGCAAAUACUACACAUGUAGAUACAAAGAGAGAGGAUCACAUACAAGAAGAUAAGGGGAGAAGGAAGAACAAAAAAUCAUUUACUAGUCGACUGCAAAUGACUGAGGAUGAAGUCAUUGUACACUUCUUCGAGAUUGAUGAAACAGGCAAAGGAAGUGUGAUAAUGAGGGAUUUACAAAGAGUUGCUGCAGCUCAUGAUUUUGUGUGGACAGACAAGGAGUUAUCUGACAUGAUCCACUACUUUGAUAGUGAUAACGAUGGAAAGCUAAGCCUAGAUGAUUUCCGGAAGAUUAUUGUUCGCUGCAACAUGACCAAAGGAUCAGAAAGUUCUUGAUGGAUUCAAGGUUAGGAUAAUAUAGGACGUAAGACCAAUUUUUAAGGCACGUGUCAUAGGAUAUUCUCGUAAUGUUUUAAUUCCUUGUAAAUUAUUCAUACCAUUCUUGGAGGUGGACUCUUCAGGAGUUUGUGGGGAAAAAAAAUCUCUUGUUGUCAGUGAAACGCAUGAGUUUUGGUGUCUCUUCAUAUUGUUAGUCCCGCUUAUCUUUUACACAAACGAAAUCCUUUUUUUUUUUUUUUUCAUUUAAUGUAACCUCGUUCAACUAAUUUCUUACUUUUUUGAAGUAAGGUGCAUUGAGCGGAUGAGUGAAUUACUCUGUUUUCAUUUUCUGUGCUGUAAAUACUUUAUGUUUUUUCAAUUUCUUUAUAUGAUGCUUAUGGAACAAUUUGACAUUA